AUAUUCACGCGUGUAGUACCACCACAGUCACAGGUAAAUCUUGAAUAUCAAGUGGGGCGUAUGUCCGUAUGUACGUGUGCCCAAGGAAUUGGAAAUAUAUGUCACACACCGAAAAGUAACGACGGCGUGUGCAAGGGUGAACGGGAUAGAAUACGUGUGGCGUGUGGAUGGAUCUAUUAUUAUUUUUUUUAUUCUGAGUUAUUUGAGUAAAUCAUUAUGGUGAUCCAGCAGGAGGUUGUGUCCAAGGCCGAAGAAGUUGCUGAUCAGGUGAUUCGUAACGGGAAACAUGUCCUGCCAACUCUCGCCCGUCUUUGCCUCAUUGCCACGUUCCUGGAGGAUGGUCUACGCAUGUGGUUCCAGUGGAACGAGCAACGAGAGUACAUGGACAUGUCCUGGGGCUGUGGAAUGUUCCUCGCGACACUAUUCGUCCUGAUAAAUUUAUUUGGACAAUUGGGUGGUUGUGUAAUGGUCAUUGGUAGAUUUAAGGUGCCAAUAGCCUGUGGUGUCCUCUUCUUCAUCGUUGUACUCCAGACAUUUGCCUACAGCAUCCUCUGGGAUCUGCAAUUCCUCUUUAGGAAUUUAGCGCUGAUCGGGGCUCUUCUGCUGGUCCUCGCUGAGUCCAGGGUAGAGGGUAGAUCUCUUUUCGCUGGGGUUCCAACACUUGGGGAUAACAAACCCAAGAAUUAUCUCCAAUUGGCUGGACGUGUCCUUCUGGCAUUCAUGUUUAUCACACUUAUUCGAUUUGAAGUCUCGUUCCUGCAGAUUAUUCAGGAUAUCCUGGGGAGCAUCCUCAUGGUCCUCGUUACCAUUGGGUACAAGACCAAACUCAGUGCUCUUUUACUUGUUCUCCUACUAUCGGCACUCAAUUUUUAUCAUAAUGCCUGGUGGACCAUUCCAGAUCACAAGCCUCUCAGAGAUUUCCUCAAAUACGAUUUCUUCCAGACACUCUCAGUGAUCGGAGGACUCUUGAUGAUCGUUUCUCUGGGUCCAGGUGGUGUCUCCAUGGACGAGCACAAAAAAAAAUGGUAGAGUGAUAAUGAAAGAACACUCACCUCGACUCUCCGUUCCUGCUCUUCCGGGUGUUGAUGCAUCGGGAAAAGCCUCUCACUUUCCCCCAAUUUUCCAUUAAAAUAAAAGUUCAAACUGCUUUGAAUUGAGCGCAGAGGAUCAAAGAUCCCCAGGGUCGCAAAGACGAUGUGGCAAUUAUUUUUUUCUUCACUGGAAUUAUUUUUAUCGGAUGCUCCAGCGAAUCGAUAAAUCCACGUCGACGGAAUACGAUAACUGAAAAUCAUACAGACAAGACUAAUUUAUACUAUCAUAAUAAUAGUUGUAAUGAUUGUAAUGGCAUUGUACAUAUUACAGCGGUGGAACAUGAUUAUUUGAUUACAAAAAUUUGAAAUCUUUCUUUCUA